AGUGCGGGUUUCCAAGCAGACGACACUCCCCCCCCCCCCUUCUCUCAAACGUUCCUCCAUGUGAACGGCCCAGACCUGAUGUUCAUAUUUCGGUAGUUUUCGGCACAGUUGUUUUACGAUUAUAUUUGUCUUUUGUUAUGCAGGCCAGGGAGAGAAAGAAGGAAGGGGGAUAUAGGCCAACAAAACUUGGAGGGAAAAGUUUUGAAAACAGGAAUUUGAAGGCGUGAAAUUUCUGAUCAGACUCCAAAGUUUCUUCUCUAGAAAACUUUUGAAUAAAAAAAAAAAGUCAAACCAGAGACUGGACUGUCGUCUGCUAUAACGGGGAUUACCCGCUCAGAGACCAAUCAUUUUUGUGAUAUAAUUUGGAGUUGUGAAAUUUGAUUUCUGGAUUAAUUCAAUUACUUCUGUUUCUUGUGUAUUUCACCAACAAGCUUUCGGAUUUCCCAGAAUCUCUAGUUUGUUUCCAGGAUCAUAAUGAGGACGAAGACGGUUCUGAUCUUUUGGAAUCUGGUGAUUGUGAGUGUGCUAGUGUUUCCCACAUCAGGCAACGAAAGAGAUGAAAACUGUAUUGAAACCAUGUCCACAUGUCAACCGGAAAGAGAAAAAUUGUCGUCUGCUAGCCUAACCAAUAAGACUAUUGAAUUAUGCAGUGCUCUUCAAGUCUAUUCUGACUGCAUGACGCCCCGGGUAGACGAAUGUCCAGGCGAGGCCAUGAGAGCGUUCAGCGUGGUCAUCUCCACUUAUACCAGGGAACCCUACAACUGCCAUCUCCGGGGCAGCCAGCACCCAGAAACAGCCAAAGAGGAAUCAAAGAAACAAGAUUCAAACGCCAUCAACCCAUCAGCCCAUGGAGCAGAUGAUGACAAUCAUUCUCAGCAAGAACCUUACGCAGUGGACGUGCUUGAACCCAUACCCAAGGAGGCUGAAACAAGUCAUGGUGGCGCAGAUGAAACAGUCACAAGGACCACCACAGCCGCACACAUUGGUCCCACCAAGAAAGCCUUUAGCCCCUCCAACAGUGCUGCACGCACCUCACUGACAAUUUUUGUAACAGUUAUUUCUUUCCUACAUUUGUUCUUGUAUUGCUGAUUAGAUUUUUUUUUUUCAAUUUCUUGCUGGUGAGUGUUCAUUGUUUUUAUUUACAAUAAUGUUUUUUUUUUUAUUUGAUAUUAUGUAUGAUUAAGUUUGUUUAUAGUUUGUAUUUAGUACAAAAUAAAAUGUAUGUUUAAUAGAAUGCAGUCAACAUCUAUAACAUAUGUGAUGACGGCCCAUGGAGAACAAGGAGAUUGAGUGACAUUAUUUCCAGAUCUGAACGCAAUGAAACUUUCAAAGGUUGAAAUGAAAUUGUAAAAAGUAAGCAGGCAAAAAGUCAUGCCAUUUUGCAAUAAGUUAAGUUAGCCACGGGAAAUAAUGCAUUCCUCAUAAAUCUUUGGACUUGAAGACAAUCCUUAUAAUUAUUAUUAUUAUUAUGUAUAAAUUGGUAGACAAUAAUUGUUUCAAAAGCCACAAACUGUUUCUUUAAUAAAACCUGUAUAGAAACACAUUGUAAUAUUGACUUUUGAGCAUUUCGAGCUAUUUAAUCUAAAUAUCAUUUCAUUUGGACUUAAAUACAGUUUUACAUUAUUUUUGCUUUAGCUAGUUCUUUGUGCCACUCUAUGGAUCAUCAUCUAAUGAAAUAAACUGAAAGGAUUAGGCUAGAGAGACAACGCAUGACUUAGACAACUAAUAAUAUUAAUAAACUCAAACAUUCCAUCAAUUUAUCGACAUAAUUCCACAAACUCAAUUUGUUCGCAAUGAUAUCAGCUUUCAAUAUUAUACAUCUUUUGGAACACCAUUUUAAUAAAGAUAAAAUGAAAACAAAACCCAGCACGAGUCCAAGCUAGAUCCUUUUUCUAUUGAAUGUAUUUUCAAAUAUUUGUACCCCAACAAUGAAAACCAGUUAUAGUGUACUAGGUGGGGACAUUUGUUUACCGCUGAUGAAUGCCAAAAAUUGUUCUUACAAUUAGCUUAAAUCUUGUUCUGACAAUCAGCUUAAAAGUUGUUCUUACAGUCAGCUUACUUAACAACAUACCAAAAGUACAUAUUUUUUUUUAGGAAAAAUAUUUCUUUCAUACUUUAAAACAAAUAUCAAAUUAUUUCUAAACCGAAGCAGGACGUUUUGGCGCGAGCCGUUUUGGCGACGGGACGUUUCGGCGCGAAAUACGUUAUGUACGUUUAUUGUAUUAUUUCUUUUAAAAGAAUUAUUCAUAUCUAUGUUUUGCAUGAGUGUUUGUGUUAAGACAUAUUUUUCACGUACUAAAUGUAAAUGUUUGUUUGUUUUUCACAUCAUUUUCUUUAAUAAACAUUUUGUGUAUGUGUGUUUAUUAAGAGGCACACUUUUAUUUUCAAAAAAAGUUUUUUAAGAUAUUACUUUAAAAUUAAAAACAAAAUGAAACGAUGAUAGACUAAAAAUUGAUGCAAUUAUUUGUUUACAUUAACAUUGGUUUAUUUAAUGACUGUAUGGUAUCUCCAGCUAUACAUACCAAACACUUGCUAAUAAUAAGUAAAAAUAUAAUGCAUGUACCAUGUUUCUCAAAAUACUAAGUUAAGUAUACAUAGACACCAUGGUUAUUUGCCUCAGUCGCUGGAAUUCAAGGGUUCAUUAAAAAAAAGCUAAGUGCUUAUUAAAUUAUCGUCAAAUGAUAUCUCGCGCCAAAACGUCCCGUCGCCAAAAGGGCUCGCGCCAAAACGUCCCGUCGCCAAAACGGCGGGGCAAAACGGCGGCGCCAAAACGUCACGUACUGUUUCUAAACAUAUUUAGUUGAUCAAUAAUGAGAAUAAUGAACACGAAUGAAAUGACUAGUAAACAAAUGGGGUUUCUACAAUACUAUUUGAUAUUACUGAAGGCAAAAAUGAAAGAAAGGAAAGGAUUAGACCCACACUUGAAUCUUUAAAAAUGAAACAUAGGCAAUGAUAUGACCCUUCUAAAAAAGCUGCUGAAUACUAUCAGAGCCCAAAGUUUUAUUGUUUAUUUGUCAGAAAUACCAUAACUCUCACUUACACUUAAAUUUUUUGCUGCCCCUAACUUUUUGCCUGUUUUGGGGGUGGGGACACAACUUUUGCCUAGCAACAUGGAUGUGUUAGUGCUGCAGUAAAGCAGAAUCAACAACUUAUCACAAGAUCACUGCAAUGAUUUCCAACAUUAAAAUUUAGUAGUGGCUAAUGAAGACACUUCUAUGGGGUGUUCAACAGUGAUUGGUAGACCAUAUGUGUUAGGUCUGCAGUGGUUGCCCUAAGAUUUAGCACAAUCUGUGAAAGUUAACAUUCAUUUUAACAACCAAAAAAAAACUUUUUUUUAAAAGAACCUUCAAUUUAAAACACAUUUUUAAAGAUCUAGAAUGGUGGCCAACAAGUCUAAUGCUUGCAUCUCAACUUAAUUACCUUUUCUAGCGAUUGAGAAGCAUGAGAAAGUCAAAAGAUAUGAGAGUUUUAAGUUUCCCCAGCAUUUUAUUCCACACUUUGUAUAUCCACUUAGAAGUGCUCAUUUAAAUAUGUACAUUAUGGAAGAUAAAGAAAUGAAUAUUAUAUUUGCAGUUAUUUUGACAUGUACAUUUUGAUUUCUUUUUGAUGUUGAAAACAAAAGCCAUAAAGAGGUGCUGAGUUGUUUUUUUAAACAAGUCUUUUGUAUUUGAACUGAUAGCUAUUAAUUCUACCAUCACAUUACCUCAUUCCUCUCGAUUAAUGUUUGUAACAGAAAACUUUGACUUGGACUUCAAUGUUGGUUUCAUUAAACAAAAAAGUAUUUAGUACUA